AUGAAUGGCCGAGAUCGCUCUCGUCCACCCCCUGGCGCUGACUAUCGGCGCGGGGGCGGAGGGGACGGUCCGUCCAGAGCAGAGAGGUUCGAGGACGAGAAGAAACGUAUCAUUCAAAGCUGCUAUUCGAAAAAAGACACAGAUGGAACUUGUAAGUCAAGCCCCAGUCAACCCUUCCCCAUCCGAAUACUCUUCGCCACUUACUAUGGGUGGCAGGAGCACAUGGUCGAAUCCUACAUCACACAUGUUCGAAUCACGGAGGACUCAGCACAUCCGUCCGCCCCUGCUCCACCUAAUUCAGCACCCGAGAAUAAGAAACCGCGUGUGAUUAUCGUCUCCGUCAGGAGGUCCGGCAGAGUGCGGAUGCAUAAAGCUCGUGAAAAUAACGAUGGCUCAUUUUCUAUUGGGAAAACAUGGAUGCUUGAUGACCUGUCUUCAAUUCUAUCAUACAGCUCCUUCGUGCCCAAAUCGUCAAUUGAAGAACAGCAGAAGGAGUGGGCAUCGAAUGUUGGAUUUGUGGUCACCAUUGGGAAGCCCUACUACUGGCACGCCCGGAGCUCCCAGGAGAAGGCUUUUUUCAUCGGUAGUUUGGUGAAGAUCUUCAAAAAGUAUACUGGGGGCAAGGUCCCCAAUUUGAUAGGAUUUGAUGAGAAAGAGCUCGCGAUGCUCCUUGGCACCGGCCCAAAUCCAUCAACGGGCCCAUCGUCGGGACCACCUUCAAGAGGCGGCCCUGUAGAAAGCGCGAGAUGCGGCGCAACCCUUCUGAUGAUCAGACCAUCAGGUCCCAGAGAAGCCGUGAGAAUCUCUCCCGUCCAUCUACGGGAUCUAGACCUACACCUCCACCAUUCGGGCCACCUCCCAAUCCGCCUCCUGCCAGGCCUCUGCCCCAUCGAAAGGAUCUCGAAGUUUCGCCCUCAAGAUUGCCUCCUCUCGAUUGCUGUCAAGGGUGAAGUGCGACCGCCUUCGUCUCGAAGUCAAGACCGCCAUCUGCAAGGUCAGCCGUCCGAUUUUCCCGCACACUCUGUAGAGGCAGUAGCGUCAGAAUCGAAGCGUAGCGGGGAUGCAUUGCGCCCUACUACCCCGGGUUCUUUCACUGGUGAUCCUAGAGGUAUCACCUCUAGCCCUGGGAGUAGCUUUGGACAGAAAUCGCCAUACCAGGACAGCAACAAGGCAUCAACCUCGGAUCAAAUACCACAGCCUAGCCAUGAGAGAAUACCCCCACAGUUACUCCCUGCCUCGACAUCUGAUCAACUCAGACCGACCCCUCCACCACCGGAAGAGCUAAUCCCAUCUUCUCCGAUGGAGUUUGACCCUGGAGUGGCAGAAGCAGUUCGCCAGUGGAACCCCACGCCAACUCCUGAGCCCGAGCCCGAGCCCGAGCCAGAGGUGGCGUCGCUGCCAGCAGCACCAGCAGCACCAGUACCAGCGCCAGCACCAGCACCAGCACCAGCACCAGCACCAGCACCAGCACCAGCACCAGCACCAGAAGCAGUACCCGCGCCAGCUCCCGCACCACCUGCGGAGGAUAAGCAGGAGGCGGAAGAUGGGGAUGGUGAAGCACACCGUCCCGGGCUUGGGCCUAUGGUCAAGAAGAAGGCUGGAGGUGGCAAAGAUGUUGCAGGUGCUUUUCAGAAAGCUGCUACGGCAUACGGUGCCUUCAAACCACGCGCAGGCGGUGCAGGAGAACGAUUACUGGCAAUGGCCAAAAAGCAGCAAGCUGGGACUGCAGGAGCUGCUCCGGAUGGCAUCACGGGCGUCGUUCCAGCUCCUUCGUUGACAAAAACAGGCACAAGUGACUCCCUUGGCGGACCUGCAGAGCAAGAGAAGAACGCUUCAGUAGCCGCGUCAGUGGACGAGCCGCCAGUCAUUGUACCUGUGCCUGCAUCUGCACCUAAUUCAGCUCCUCCCAAGGUUGAAAUCACUCAACCAAUGGCUGAAGAUGUUCAGCCUAAUGACCCCCCUCCUCCCGAAAACAUUCGAGACUCGAUCCAGGGUAUCGGCAAACUAAAUGACGGCCGAGGCCGGCGUAGAAGACGUGAAGAUAACACUAUUAAAUACUGUCAAGCUCUUGGAAUUGACUAUAACGUUCUGGAUGGACGAGGCGUCGAUUUCGAUGACAUUUUGACUGAUUUGGGCUGGAAUGGCCGACUCAACGAAGAGCAGAAGAUCGAAGACUUAGAAGCGGAUGUUCGUCGAGAGAUUGGCCGCGUUGAGGCUACCAGCUGGCUUGGUAACCUUGAGCAACAAGAAGGAAAGGUGGAGCAGCUGGCAGUGCUCAUUGACAAGACAAUUGAAGAAUGCGAAGAGUUGGACGGCCUUUUGACUCUAUAUGCGCACGAACUGAACACGCUCCAUGAGGAUGUCGCCUAUAUCGAGGCUCAGUCCCAAGGUCUGCAGGUCCAGACUGCUAAUCAAAAGCUUCUUCAAAGUGAAUUACAAACCCUUCUGAAGACCCUUUCUAUCUCUACAUCAGACCUUCGACCUCUGAGAGAGUCAUCUUUGACGAGCCCAGAAGGAUUGAGGGAGACAGAAAUCUCCCUAUCCGUUCUGUACAAGGCCAUGCUCACGAUUGAUUCGGACAUUGGCCAAAAUAAGAAGCGCUUAGUUGAUGCAAGCGUGGGAGUGUAUGCCAACACAGAGAUUGGGCAGAUGCGCGCCAUCAAAGAGAAGAAGGAAGAAUAUCAUUCUACUUCUGUGGCGUUUAUUCAGCGACUCAAGCAGUUUAUGGCUCUUGCCUUCAAGACAGCAGAGCAAAAACGCAUCGACGCCCUGAAGAACACGUCUCCAGAUCCUUUGAAACUAGACAGCUCGGCUCGUCAGCAUUUCCGUGAAGAUGUGUGGCGUUAUAACCCUUUGAUCCUUUUCACUAGAGAAGUGAGUACGUCGGAAUGGCAAGGUAUCGUCGGCCUCUACGAACAGCAGUCCAAGCCUUCAUACCAGAAGGAGUUCCGAGACAACAAUGCGGCGUGGAAAAUGUCUGCCCGCAAGCCUACUGGAGACGAACACGAGAUUCUUUUCACCCACCAGGAGAAAGAAAAGGAAAACGAGGGUAUGGCCAUGGCUACUGCUCGUAAGCUGACUGUCCGACGAGGAAAGACUGUUCGUGCAGCGGCGGGAUUCCGGUUGGCUUCUGUGGAGAAGAAGCAGGGCAAGGUUGAACCUUUCGAAUCCUUCGCAAACACCCUACGCGAAGUCGUCAAGAUGAUCACCGAGGAGCAGAACUUCAUUGUGGAGUUCUUCCACCUCAACUCACUUGCCAAUGUUGACUAUGUAGACCUAGUUGCGGCCAACGCACCGGAUGAUCGCCAGUGUCCCGAUUUCUCUGCCCCUCAAUCAAAUGACCCCGACCGCACGAUGGCGAAGAGAGUUGAACAAAUUAUGGACGAGAUCUUUUCUUUCUGGCCCAAUGAUCUGCAGAGUAUGGUUGACUGGGCUCUUCAGGCCGAUCCGAUCCAAGGAAUCGGUAUCAUAUUCGCAUUGGAAACAACCAUGACCGACCUGGACGACACGAACCAAGAAUUUAUCAUCCAUUCACUACAAAAAGUGCACUCCCGCCUGAUGGGCUUGUUCCACCGUUUCGUCGACGAACAGAUCCGAGGCAUUGAGGACACUAAGGUCAAGGUCAACAAGAGAAAGGGGGUCAUCUCAUUCAUGCGCGUAUUUCCCAACUUCUCUGUCGCCGUUGAGAACAUGCUGUCAGGCCCCGCCGGCAACUUUUGCGACAUUCGAGUCGCCGUCAACGACGCAUACGAUCGCAUCAACCGAAGCAUGUGGGAGUCGCUCAAAUUCAUCGCCAAAGAAGCUCCCGGGCAACCCCCCGGCGUGGCUGCUUCGUCAGGUGACCCCGAGGACAAGGAGGUCCUGAACUAUCACAUCCUUUUGAUCGAGAACAUGAAUCACUACAUUGAAGAAGUGGACACUCACAACCUCCCCGUACUACAACGCUGGAUCGACCGCGCGCACCAGGACUACGACGAGCACAUGAAGCUCUACCUGGAUGCAGUGAUCCACCGUCCGCUCGGCAAGCUGCUGGAUUUCAUCCAAUCACUUGAAACCCUGCAGGCAUCCGGCAACUCGGGCGACAUUGCGACUCGCGCCAGCCACUCACGGAUGGUGGCCAAGAAGGUGUUUUCGUCUUAUGACUCCAAGGAACUCAAACGCGGGAUCGAGUUGCUGAAGAAGCGAGUAGAGAAACAUUUUGGAGAUGCGGAUGACCCCGGUCUGAGUCGCAGCUUAGUGAUCAAGGUGUUGCGAGAGUGUGAGCUACGGUACGAGCAGGCGUAUGACCGUACGAAGCACAUCAUUGAUACCGUGUACGAGGGCCAGCUGGAUCUGGACUGGCGGAAGGAAGAGAUCGCAGCCAUGUUCCGCAAAUAA